AUGUUUGACGCCUUCGUGGCCACCGCUUCCGCCCUCCUCGAGGCCGUCCUUCCUGGGACGGGUGGGGGAGGGAGCACGGCAGGCGGCGCGGCGGCAGUGGGCCGCCUGGAGGAUGCUGGGCAGAGGCACGAGAACGGACAGCGGCUGCACACCAGCUGCCAGCCGGAUGGCAGCGCCCUCAGCCACCCCGCCCGCCUGGAUGCCGCCACCCAUGUCCUCAGCAGCCUGCCCCGGCCCGUGCACGGCAAGCCCGGGGGGCUGCUGAUGCCGGUGGGCAUCCGGGCCGCGCUUUCCACCGCCUCAGCUGGGACUGGCCCGCCACGGUCGGGGGACGCACAUGCUGGAUGGGCGACGGGCCGGGGCCAGGCCCAGCUUCUGGACGCUGUGCUUGCAGACAUCACUCUGGGACAGAGUGAUGUCACCCUUUCCAGCUUCGAGCUCAGGGACCCCGCUGGCCCCAGCUUGGAGGAUGCUGUGAGUUCGACUGUGCAGAUGGUCGUGGAGAAGCUGCUCGGUGCAGCCAUACCAGCGGAUCAGCCAUUUGCCGAAGCAGGCCUGGACUCCCUAGGCGCCGUCGAUCUGAGGAACGACCUGGCUGGCGCUUUUGGGCUGGACCUCCCCGCCACAGCCAGCUUUGACUACCCCACCAGGGACAGCAUGCGGGACUUCAUCGUAUCUGAGCUGAUAGAGAGGUGGGAUGUGGAGCUCUACUACGACCCCGCGGUACCGUCCCCACCGGGCCGCAUGUACGUCCGCCAUGGCAUCUUCUUGGACGGCAUCGACGCCUUUGACGCCGAGGCAUUCAGGCUGGCGGGGCAGGAGGCCGGCGCGAUGGACCCCCAGGCGCGCAUUCUGCUUGAGGAAAGCGCGUCGGCGCUGCACGCAGCCCACCCCCCCAACCCCGCCUCCCCCGCCGCCGCGCCCUGGGGCACCUACGUCGGCUGCAUGUACUCCGAGUUCCUGCAGGUGCUGCACGGCGCGGGCCUGCCCCUCUCCCCCGCGGCCAUCACCGGCAGCGGGCUGAGCUACCUGGCGGGGCGGGUGGCCUACACCCAUGGCCUGCGCGGCCCGGCGCUGGCCAACGACACCGCCUGCUCCAGCAGCCUGGUGGCGGUGCACGCUGCGCACGCCGCGCUGGCGCUGGGCGAGGUGCGCGCAGGGGUGGUGGCCGGGGUCAACGCCCUGCUCCUAGGCGCCACCUCCGCCAGCGUGGCGGGGAUGGGCGCGCUGUCCCCCGCCGCGCGCUGCCUGACACUGGACGCUGCGGGCGACGGCUACGGCCGCGGCGAGGGGUUUGUCGUCCUGGUGCUGGGGGGGGUGGCCUGGGCGGGCGAGGACUCACACCCGACAGACGAGAAGGUCGAGGGAAGCACCCCCGGCUCCACGCCGCCCCUGGCCAUCCUCCUGGGUGUGGGCGUGAACCAGGACGGGCGCAGCGCCGGCCUCACCGCGCCCAGCGGCCCGGCGCAGGCGGCACUUGUCGCGACGCUGCUGCGCCGCGCAGCGGCGGAGGUCGACCGCCUCGCCUUCCUGGCCCUGCACGGGACGGGGACGCCGCUGGGCGACCCUCUGGAGGCAUCGGCGCUGCUGGCGCUGCGCCACUCCUCCGCCUCGCUUGCCGUCCUGCAUGCCGGCGGCGUGCUGCAGGACGGCAUCAUCCUGAGGCAGCGGGCGGCAGCGGCGCGCGCCGUGGCCGCUCCCAAGACGGGUUUCCUGAGUGCUCUGACGAGGCCUGGGGUCUGGGGGACGCCGCUGCAGGCCAUCUGCCUCUUCUCCUCUGUCUCUGCCUUCAUCGGGUCGCCUGGACAGGCUGUGUAUUCGGGCAUCAACGCAGCGCUGGACGCCUGGGCUGGACAAGUGGCGCGAUCUGGCUUACAAGGGCUGAGCAUGGAGUGGGGGGCCUGGGGUAGGGUGGGCAUGGCGCAUGGCUCCUCCGCCGUGAUCGCCAGGGCUGAGGCUGCGGGGCUGGGGUCAAUCCCACCCGAGCUCGGGCUGGGCAUGCUUGCUCGAGCCCUCAUGGCUGAUAGCAGCCACCCCCUGGUCACUGCCAACCCCUUUGACUUUGGCAUCCUGGCUGCGACCCCGGCCCGCACCAUGGCAGUGUUUGCAGACGCUUUCACAGCAGGAGACACGCUGCCUGGUGGAGCAACAGAGCAUAGUAUCCAUUUCGAUGAAGUGAACCGGGCAGCUAUGGAUGGGGUUCCAGUCCCAUCCCUUGCUGAGAUUGAGUCGGAUCUGCUGUCACGCAUCCAUGACAUCUCAGGGAACAAGGUAUCAUCCAUGGAGCCCCUCAUGGCGGCCGGCAUCGACUCCCUAGCGGCAGUGGAGCUACAGUCCAGCCUGGCAGCCGCGUGGAAGCUGGACCUGCCCUCCACCCUGCUGUUCGACUAUCCCAGCGCGCAGAGCAUGGCAGCCUUCAUUCAUGAGCGACUGGCAGGGGCGCAUGAUAGGACCGCGCACUACUCCCCAGACCCGGGGGCCGCGGGGCGCAGCUACGCCCGCUUUGCCGCCUUUCUGGGCGAUGUGGCCGGCUUCGACGCGGCCCUCUUCGGGCUGGGCAGGGCGGAGGCGGCGGGCAUGGACCCGCAGCACCGCCUGCUGCUGGAGGAGACGGCGGCCGCGGUGGGAACGGUGACCAUGCCCUCCUCGACUGGCCCGGUCGGGGUCUACGUGGGAUGCAUGUACCAGGAGUACCCCUACGUCCUGGCCGCCGCGGAGGCGGGGCUGAGCUCCUCUGCGGUGCUGGGCAACUCCAUGUCCUUCAUGGUGGGCCGUAUCUCCUUCACCUUUGGCUUCACAGGCCCGUGCAUGAGCACCGACACGGCCUGCUCCUCCUCCCUGGUGGCCGCUCACUUAGCCUGCUGCGACCUGCUGGCGCGCCGGGCCGCCCGCGGUGUGGCGGCGGGGGCCAACCUCAUGCUCAGCCCCGCCACCCCCGUGGCCAUCUGCAGCCUGCAGGCCCUCUCCCGCUCCGGCCGGUGCCUGGCCUUCGACUCCGGCGCCGAGGGCGCGGUGAACCAGGACGGGCGGUCGGCGGCCCUCACCGCGCCCCAUGGUCCCUCCCAGGCCCGCCUCGUCCGCGACGCUGUGGGCGAGGCGGGCGCCGGGGUUGAGGUAGAAAGCGUGCUCGCGCACGGCACGGGCACCCCUCUCGGGGACCCCAUCGAGAGCGCGGGCCGAGCCCUGGGCCUCGGCGCGCCCAAGUCCGCCCUGGGGCACACCGAGGGCGCGGCGGGCUUGGCGGGGCUGGCGUGCGCUGCGGCGGUCGCCACACGCGCCCGCAUGCCGCCCGGCUUGCACCUCCGCGACCUGAAUCCCGCGGUGGCGGCGGUGGCCGCCGGCGGCGCACACCUCCCACGCCAGGGCAGGGGCAUCGCGCGCUCGACCCCGGGGCUGUGGGCCACGGGGACCAGCGCCUUUGGCAUGAGCGGCGUGAACGCCCACGCCCUAGUUGCCGGGCCCGGCGGAGGUGCCGAGGCCACAAGGGCCGCCGGUGGCGCCCGCCCGCUGCUCCUGCAGCCCACCCGCAUCUGGCCCCUGCCCGCACCGAGCGUGCUGCUGCUGAGCGCGAGCGCCAGGAGCGCCUCCACGGUCACGAUGCAGUGCCACCUGCAUUCCGCCGGCCAGCCAGCGGUCAUGGUUGAGCGCUACACGCUUCAUCCACCGGCGGUGGCUCUGGAGAUACUCGAUGCGGCGGGUGCCUGCCUGGCCCACCCCUCACCCCACCUCCAGCCCUUUGUCGGGGAGAGCGCCGCCCGCGAGCGCCUGCUCUGGGAGCAGGUGUGGGAGGAGCAGGAAAACGUUGCAGACGUCUCGCAGCCCACUAGAGCGCUCCUGGUGUCUCGCAGCACAGACCCGGGGACGUUCCAGGACGCCCCGGGCGCGACGUGGGUGACCUGGUCUGGGCUGGAAGACUCUGCCCUGCUCAUGCCGGGUCUGUACGUCGCCAGCGCCCCGCACUUGGAGCUCCUGCUGAGGGCUGUACGGCCAGAGCUGGUGGCCUGGGUGCACCUGGAGGGAGAUGAGGACAGCCAUGAUUUGGCCGAGGCUUCCCGCUCCGAGCGUGCCGAGGUGGAGGGCAUGCUUGGCACACUGGCGUCGCCCCUACUGCCAACCCGCCGGGGCAGGUUCAGCCUGAUCAAGCUGCGCCAUGAAGGUCGUGAGGCCUCGCCCCUCGCCUCGAUGCUGGAAGGCGUGGCGCGCACGCUGUUCAUGGAGCAGAGGCACAGCUACGCCCCAUCUUUGGAGGUGCUGCUGCCCUGCUCCGUGCCCGGGGCACACCUCCUGGCCGCCAUGCAAGGCCCUGGGGAGUUUGCGCUCCAGACGCGGGGCGGCACGCUGCACGGCCUUCGCCUCAGGCAGAAGCGGAAGUGGGACCAGGGACUGGGAGACGCUUUGCACAGACUGGCAUUCAACACUUCUGGUCACGCCUCCGGUGCCCUCAUCACGGGAGGAACCAGGGGCCUAGGGCUGGAGGUGGGCAGGAGCCUCAUUGCCAGAGGCUGCCGCCUGCUGGUGGUGGUGUCAAAGAGUGGGCGGCUACCCGAGGAGGCGCAGAGCGAGUGGGCCGGGCAGGGGGUGCGCUUUGUCACCCGCGCGGCAGACUUGUCGGACUUCGAUGCCGCGUGCGGCCUCUUCAACUGGGUGGCUGACGCACACCCCGGCGUGCAACUGGUGGUGCACGCGGCGGGGGUGUCAAAUCCCGUCCCCCUCUGUGACCUGGACUCCACCAGCUUCUGGGCUGGGGCCGGCGCCAAGGUGGCCCCCAUCCGCGCCCUCCUUGCCUCGCGCCUCGUGCCACAGACGGUCAUCCUCCUUUCCUCCACGGCCGCCGUGUGGUCGCAGACCGGCGGCGCCUCCUACGCUGCGGCCAACGCCUGGCUGGACGGCGUCGCGGUGCGCGAGCGGGCCGGUGGCCGGGCCUUCACCUCCCUCCAGCUGGGACCAUUCAAGGGGGCGGGCAUGGCUGCAGCGCACGCCGACCAGCUGGCCGCCCUGGGCCUGGGCUGCCUGCACCCUGCACAGGCAUGGAUUUGGGGAAGGGGUUUGGACAAUCGAGGUUGUGUGCCUACAGUGUGGGAGGCAGCCCAGGUGGCGGGCGAGGCGCCGACACUCCUGUAUGCCAACCUAGACAUCGCGAGGAUGCAGCAUCUGUAUGACAUGCAGGGCACAUGGCGCCUGCUGGAGGGCACCCUCGACUCCCAGCAAGCUGAGAAAGGUGCACAAAUUCUCGAGCCGGCGCAGCAGACGCAGGUGCGCCUCAGCGAGGCAACAGACACCCAGCGUUUGGCCACUACGCGCACCCUGAUCCAGAUGAAGCAGCUGGUAAAGUCCCUGGCCGCCGAUCUCGCCGGCAUCGAGCUAGGGGACCAGGACGCCUUUCCGCCAGGUGCUUUUGACUCUCUGGGGGCGGUGGAGCUGGCAGCCAGCCUCUCGGGCCGCCUCAAGCACCAUUUCCCAGCGACCCUGGUGUUUGACCACCCCUCCGUGCCGGCGAUGGCCCAGCACCUACUGGAGGCCCUGAGCCCGGCAGACCGGCCUGCUCCCAUGCCUCCUGUCCCGCCAACUACACAUCAUUUGGCUGCCGGGAGCCCGGGCCUUGACAUCUCCCUCACAGGCAUCUCCCGCCUGCCAGGCCAGGAGGAGGUGCUGGGCUGGAUGCAGCCGCAGCCACAGGACGCCAUCACCCACGUUCCCUUCAGCCGCUGGGACCUGGAGCCGGCGAGUGUGCGCAUGGAGCAGCCCAUCAGGCAGGCUGGGUUCCUCACCGAGGUUGAGAGUUUCGACCUGAGCCUGUUUGGCAUGUCCUCCCUGGAGGCCUGCCUUGUUGAUCCCCAGCACCGCCUGCUGAUGGAGGCGUGCUGGCAACUGCUGGUGAAGGACUCGGUCUCCAGCCUCUGGGGCUCUGCCACCUCGGUGCACGUCGGCAUCCAGCAGAUGGAGUACGGGGCCCAGUCAGCGCCCCACCAGACCUCCAUUGGCCCCUACACCGCGACGGGGGUCAGCCUGGGGGUGGCCGCCGGGCGCCUCGCCUUCCUCUUUGGUCUGAAGGGCCCGGCCGCCGCCGUGGACUCCGCCUGCAGCUCGGCGCUGGUGGCGCUGCACCUGGGCCUGCAGGCAACGAGGGCGGCUGCAGCGCCGGGCAAUGCGCUGGCAGCUGGGGUCAACCUGUGCCUGAGCCCGGGGACGUUUGCGGCGGCAGCGGCGGCCGGCAUGCUCAGCCCCCAGGCCAGGUGCAAGACCCUGGACGCCUCAGCGGACGGCUACGUCAGGGCGGAGGCCUGCGUGGUCCUCAGGCUGCAGCGCCAGGCAUCGGACCCUGGCGGCCGCAUCCCCUCCCACGAACAUGCUCAGGCCUGCGCCAUCCGCGUCGCAGCCAGCGCGGUGAACCAGGACGGGCGGUCCAGCAGCCUGACGGCGCCUCACGGCCCCAGCCAGACCGGCGUGCUUUCUUCUGCACUGUCUCAAGUGUCGCAGCGCGCCGCCCUCUCCCUCCUGGAGCUGCACGGCACGGGGACGCCCCUGGGCGACCCCAUCGAGAUCGGCGCCGCGCUGCCGAACCUGGUGGCGGGGUCCGGGGCAGCGCGCGCUGGCGCACCGCCCCUCCUGCCGCGGGAGCGCUGCGCCCUGCCCUGUACAAAGCAGGACGAUGGCGAACCCCUGCUGGGGGGCGUCAGUGCCUUUGCCUUCCAGGGCACCAACGCCCACGUCAUCCUGGCGGCGGGCCGCUGUGUGGGCGAGGAUGCGGCUGACGAGAUCCUGCCCACCUCUUACCCCCUCCCCGCCUGGACCCGACAGAGGUGCUGGUUUGCGGGCCCUGCCCCAGCCUUGCUAGAACGGGCGAUUCCCAGCGGCAGCGGCCCCAACCUGCUACUGCUGGAGAGCUCGCUGCCCGGCGUCGGCUGCGCUUUCCUCAUGGAUCACAUGGUGCAGGGGCGGGUGCUGAUGCCCGGCGCUGCCCUGUUUGAGCUGGCCGCGGCAGCGGUGGACGUGUCGCUGCCUGUUCAGGGCGCGGACACCCCGGGCGGCAUGGCACGGGUGGCUCUCUCGGCGCCCCUGGCACUCACCGGCCAGACAGCAAAGCUACGCACAGAGGUCGAUCCCCUGCGCGGCGGCUUGAGGAUCUGCGGCGUGACGACGCACCUGUCAAGCAGCGUGCUCCGCUGCUUCGAGCUCAGACCGGCCCCCGGUGCCUGGAGAGGGAGCCGCCGAGUACCUGCACGGCGCAUGCUGGCGGAAAUGGCCUCGUUUCAGCUGGCUGAGUCAGCGCCCCAGGCCGACAGCGUGGCGGCCUUUGCCAUGCUGCCUAACAUCUCUGCCGACAGGCAGCCGGGAGGCUUCGCGGCGCACCCUGCGCAGGUGGACGCUGCCACGCAGCUUGGAAUCACUAUGGUCGACCUACUCCAGACCACCUCAACGCCGUCCAGAGCCUCCCUCAGCGUGCCCGCCGGCCUGGAACGCUACCAGCGCCCGGCGCUGGUGGGCUGGAAGUCUGUUCCCGGCUGCAUGCCCGCCGGCGGCUGGGGCGAGGGUGGUCUGGACGGGCACGGCAACACCGCCAGUUUCCGUCUGGGCCACGCCACCGCAGUUCGAGGACUGAGAUUUGCGGCGAUGACAAGUGGCGCGAGGAGCAGGGCGGCGGUCGUCGCUCCUGCGUCCCUCGCGCUGCGGGUGGCAGAGGCGCAGGUCUACCGGCCCUGGGCUGAUGGAGGCUGCCUGGCGGAUGCCCCGCUUUCUCACCAGACGGCGGCCCACCUGCGGACCACGGCCGCGCCCAAGACGGCCCAGCUGCGCCGCCUGACUCCUUGCUCAGCUCCCCUCUCGCUAGCAGUGGCCUUCUCCUCGCUCUCCGCCUGGGCGGGCACCCCCGGUCAGGCCAGCUACGCCGCCGCCAACGCUGCCCUGGACGCGCACGCUGCGCGCGCUGCGCACAGCGGCCUGCCCUGUAUCAGCGUGCAGUGGGGUCCUUGGGCGUCCGGGAUGACAAGGAAUCGCCCGGAGCUGGAGGCGCGCUUCGCCAGGGCGGGCCUCGGCCUCAUGCUACCAGACCAGGGCCUCGCUCUGCUGUCUGCCAUCGUGGCCGGCGGGCUGCUGUCCCAGCCCUUGUUUGCGGGGUUGCUGAGCAGUGGGGCGCAGGAGCUGCAGCGGCUGCUGCAGGACCAGUUCUUGGUAGCCUUGCCGGCCACGCUGGUGUACGACCACCCCACCAUCGCCGACCUUGCCGCCCUCGUUUCCCAGCUGAGGCGGGGCAGGACGACGACGCGCUCAGCCACAACAUCCACCACGGUGCAGCUGCUGCGCUCCAUCGUGGCAGGGGUGCUGGGGCGGGAGGUGGAAGACGACGAGCCGCUCAUGCAGGCCGGCCUGGACUCCCUGGGGAGUGAGGCAGUGAGGCAGGGCAUCAGCGAAGCCUUCCACACCAGCCUGUCCCCCAGCUUUGUCUUUGAUGCGCCAACCAUCGCAGCCAUGGCAGCUGUGCUGGCGGCGGAGCACGAAGUCGACAACACUGGGGAGAGGCAGGAGGUCCAGGCUCAGACCUGGGAGGAUGUCGGGCGGCCCAUUUCAUUCGAUACAACAGCCGCCAAGAAGGCCGUGCAUCUAGUAGGCUUGUCCUCGCGGCUCCCCAGCACCCCGGGUGGCCACCUGGCGGAGGCCUGGGCCGUGCUGGAAGAAGGCAGGGACCUGCAGGGGGUCAUCCCCCUGGCCCGCUGGGACGUGGACCGGAUCUAUGCACCUCCAGGGACCACAGCCGCCCAGCGCCCGACUUCCUACGCGCGCUUCGCCACGCUCUGCGACGGCGUGGAGGCCUUUGACGCCGGCCUGCUGCGCGUCUCGCCGGGCGAGGCCCUGCUCGUGGACCCCCAGACCCGCCUGCUGCUGGAGGGCGUGCACUCGCUGCUGGCGGGCUCCAGCGUGCUCGACCCCAGAGCCACCGGGGUCUUUUCUGGCUGCAUGUAUCACGAGUACCUGUCUGUGCUGGCGGCGGGUGGCUCCCAGCAGCUGCCCGGCCCGGCCUUUGUCGGGAGCGGGGCGCCUUACAUGGUGGGCCGCAUCGCCUUUACCUUUGGCCUCAGGGGCCCAAGCUCCAGCGUGGACACGGCCUGCUCCUCCUCCCUGGUGGCCGCCCACCUGGCAGCCGCCACGCUCACCCGGGGCGAGGCCACUGGCGCGGCGGUCACUGGGUCCAACCUGCUGCUGGACCCGGCCACCAUGGUGGGCAUUGCGCGCCUGGCGCUCGCGGCGUCCGCGGUGAACCUGGCGGGGCGGGGCAGCGCCCUCACCGCGCCCAACGGCCCCGCCCAGACCGCCGUCGUGCGCGCGGCGCUGGCGGCCGCCGGGAUCAGACCCGGCGCGCUCGCCGCGCUCAGCGUGCACGGCACGGGAACCGCGCUGGGGGACCCGCUGGAGGUGGGCGCGGCGGGAGCGGCACUGGGACCAGGCGCCCCGCUGGCCCUGCUCUCCACCAAGGCGUGCCUGGGCCACACCGAGGGCGCGGCGGGGCUGACGGGGGCGCUGGGCGCGCUGGGCGCGCUGCACGCCCGCGCUGCGCCGCCCACCCUCCACCUUUGCGUGCUGAAUCCGCACGUGGGCGCCGCGCUGGGGGCGGGGGGGGGUUCCUUCUCCGUGCUCCUGCCACGCCAGCGCGCCCCGCUGCUGCUGCCACGCGGCGCGGCGGGAACCAGCUCCUUUGGCAUGAGCGGCGUCAACGCGCACGCCAUCUUGGAUGCCACGCGUGUGGCGAUCAGUGAUGAGGUGAAGAGCGGGGCGCGUGACGAGCGCCUGAUGGAGCGCCGGCGAUUGUGGCCGCGCCCGGCGCCCAGCCCGGCCCUGGAGAGGGCCCUGGCAGAGCCGGGGACAGUCCGCUUCGACGUCCUGCUCUCCCAGCCGGGCCUGGCCGACCUCCUGGACCACCAGGUGCUGGGCCAGGCACUGCUCCCGGCCGCCAUGAGCCUGGAGCUGAUGGCCUCGGGCGCGGCUAUGCUUGUGCAUGGAAAUCCCACUGCACCCGGAAGGGCAGAGCCUGGCGCACUGCUGGUGGGUGUGACCCUGCCAUCCCCAGUCCGCCUCGGCGGCACCGCACCGCUGCGCCUGCUGGUACGGGAGGAAAGCGUGAGCAUGGAGUCUGGCGGGCACAUCACCGGCGCCGGGAGCGUCGCCACCGUGGCGCACGCCAUGGUGGCGUCCUGGCGUGCACCACAUUGUCAAGCUGCGCCAAACCCUGCGCGGGCAGCAGUCCUCUGCGGCAUCUCCAAUGGCCCAUCGGGUCCCUCCAGCGGCAUGCUGGGCUGCCUGGCGGGUGGCGCCACUCUGCCUGCCGUCCUCCAUGCAGCCAGGGUGGACGCCGGGCUGCACCUGGGCGCCACGAUUGCUGCCAGGAUGACGGUGCCGGUCUCCUUUGGUGCCGUGGCCGCGAGCCCGGCGAUCCUGCCCCCCUGGCAGCGUCACAGGGAGGCCUGGGUGGAGGCCGGGGACUUCCAGGCCGCCGGGCAUCGGGGACCGGCAUCUGCCAGCUUCGGGAUGCGCGGCUCCAGCGAGGCGCGGCUCAUAAAAGUACAGAGCAAGCCCCUGAGCACUACUGCUGCCGGUCACGACCACGAGGGGAGCGGCAGGUCGAGCGGGGCGCAGGAGGUGGCUCACAUGGUGUACAUCACGCAGUGGCAGGCCCAAGAUGCUGGGGUUGCUGCUGCCACCAGCAGAUGCGCCGCACUCAUGUAUGCAGCAGCAAUCCGGCACCACCAGCAACGUGAGAGGAUUGAUGGCGCGCGACAGCACGCCAACCUGCAUCCCAACAAGUCAGCAGCGCAGGAGACCCUCUGGCUGGCUGGGGACUCGGCGUUCAACACUGCGCAGCCAGCAGCAGCACUGGCUCUGCUGCAGACUCUGAGCCUGGGUGUGGGUCCCUUGACAAGUCUCAGCCUCUGGGGCUGCUCCCUGCAGCCCCAGCUGAGUGCCACGGGGGCGAUGGCACGCGUGGCAGCCCGCGAGCGACCUGGUGGUAUUCAAGUGCACGCCGCGGGCGGCGACCUGCACGCAGUGGGAUCGCGAUCCUUUGUGAGACCGUCUGGCGGCCCAAGCAUCAUCCCACCGCACAACGAUGACGACCACGACGAUGACGAUGAUGGGUACGGCUCCUGGCGGGGGGCAGGCGGCGUACGCAUGCAGCCGCGGCUGCUGCCCUGGGUGGGACCGGGCGAGGCGCUGCGCGGCGAUGAUGUCGGCGCCUCGCAUGGCGCUGCAUUAGUCACCGGCGGCCUGGGCGAGCUGGGCGGCCUGGUGAUGCGGCACCUGGCGAUGACUGGCCGGCACACGGCGAUCCACGUGCUGGGCCGGCGGCGACGUGCUAAUGCGUUGGCUCCGCUGGAAAGCACGAGCCUGGUGCUCCGCGGGUUGCUGACGCUGACCCUGGCGGACGUGUCGGUGUGGGGCGACCUCCUGGAGGUCCCAACAUUGCAGACCAGCGCCACCCUGGAACCCACCCUCAGCCUCUUCCACGCCGGGGGGGUGCUCGCGGACGCGCCGCUCGCCGCGCACAGGCCGGCUCAGCUGAGAGAACUGGCCGCUCCCAAGGCCGGAGCGGGGAUUGCGCUGCUGCGCUCCACAAGCGUCCUGCCUGUCCUCGUGACGGCCCUGUUCGCGUCUACAUCUGCCACGCUGUCGCCGCCGGGGCAGGCCGGGUACGCGGCCGCUAACGCCGAGCUGGGCGCGCUGGCGGCGCGAGCCAGCGACCGCGGCCUGCCCGUGCUGUCUGUGCAGUGGGGGCCCUGGGUGGUGGGCAUGGCGGCCCGCUCCCCAGCCCUCCUGGCGCGGCUGGAUCGGAUCGGGGUGGGCCUGGUCCGCCCAGCCGCGGGGCUGCGGGCGCUGCAGCGAUUACUGAUCGCCAGGCCGGGUGGGGCGCCGCCUGAUGUGCUGGCCAGCCCCUUCCACUGGGGCCGCAUGGCGGCCGCCGGGGAGGGCCAGGUCCGCCCUGCCGUUUUUGAACUGGCGGCUGAGGCGCAGGGGGAGCGGCAGGGACCUGUGAAACAUGAAGGAGUUGUGAGCAGGGUAGAUCGGCCUCACGCCGACAGCACGGCAACGACCCCGCCAAUGACUGCCAGCUCCAGGGUGUGGACGCGGGAGGCACUGCUGGCCGAGAUCCUGUUGAUCCUGGCGACCCUCCUGCCGACGGAGGUGGCAGAGGACACCACCUUUGCAGAGGCGGGCCUGGACAGCCUGGCGGCGGUGGAGGCGCGCGACAUGCUGGCGCGCCGCCUGGGCACCGCCCUGCCGGCCACCAUCCUGUUUGACACCCCGCACCCCGCAGCGCUCGCGGCUGCCCUCGAGGAGCAGCUGGCUGAGCGCGCCGAGGUGGUGCCCAUGGGCGCUGCUGACGGGCUCGCUGCAUUGGCGGGGCCGCCGGUGCGAUCAACAUCCGUGGCCAUCUACACGACCGCUUCGAGGUUCCCCACGCCUGUCGGCAACUCGCCGGAUGCUGUGGGCCUGGUUCCCUGGUCGCGGUGGGACGUGGAGGCAACCUACCGCCCCAUUGGAGGCAGCGGCGGCAGCCACUCGCUAGCAGCCUACGUUCGGCACGGGGCCUUCCUGGAGGACAUCUGGGCCUUUGACGCAGGGGCCUUCAGAUUAGCAGGCGCCGAGGCGGCCGCCAUGGACCCCCAGCACCGCAUCCUGCUGGAGCUGGCGGGUCUGAGCCUGCAGGAGCUGGGCGAUGGCAUGCGGGUGGACAGGGAAACGACCGGCGUGUACGUGGGCAGCAUGUACCACGAGUACGCGGGUGUGGCGGCGCGCGUGGGCGCCGCGCCCUCCCCGCUCGCCGUCACCGGCGGCGGCCCCUCUUUCCUGGCGGGCCGCGCCUCCUUCGCGCACGGCCUGGGCGGUCCCUGCCUGUCCCUGGACACCGCCUGCUCCUCCUCCCUGAUGGCGCUGGCGCUGGCGGCGGACGCGCUGCGCCUGGGCCAGGCCAGCGCCGCGCUGGCGGCUGGGGUGAAUGCCCUGCUGGACGGCGCGACCACGGCCGCCAUCUGCCUGCUGGGCGCGCUGUCGCCGGUCGGGCGCUGCCGCGCCUUUGACGCCGCCGCCGACGGCUACGGCCGGGGCGACGGCUUUGUCACGCUGGGCCUGGGUCCAUUGAUCACAAGAGAUGAGCAUGGCACCCUGCUCCCCCCACCGCUCGCGCGCAUGGCGGGCUGGGCGGCCAACCAGGCGGGAUCCCGCGCGGCGCUGGCCGCGCCCAGCGGCCCCGCCCAGACGCGCGUCGUGCGCGAUGCGCUGCGCGCCGGCGGCUUGGACCCCGGCGCGGUCGCUGCGCUGAGCUUGCACGGCACGGGCACGCUGCUGGGUGACCCGCUGGAGGUGGGCGCCGCGGGAGCAGCGCUGGGCGCGCCGGGGUCCAGCCCGCCGGCGCUGCUGGCGGGCAAGGCCAUGCACGCGCACACGGAGGGCGCGGCGGGCCUGACGGCCACGCUGUGCGCGCUGUGCACGCUGCAGGACCGCAGCCUGGCCCCCGUCCUGCACCUGCGCACCCUGAACCCGCACGUGGCGGGCGCGCUCGGCGACUGGGGACGAGGCCCGGGAGGGAAGGCGGCCGCCACGCUCCCCCGCCAGUAUGCCGGGCUGCCUGGGAACGGCAGGGGCCUGGCCGGCGCGAGCUCCUUCGGCAUGAGCGGAGUGAAUACGCACGUGGUCCUGGCACCAGUCGACAGGCUUGCGCUGGGAUCUGCAGAGGGAUCAGCUUGGGAGAGGCGUCUGCCGCUGCCCUGGCAGAGGAGCAAGCACUCCCUGCUGCCCGACACCCACCCCGCCCUCUGCCCUUCACUGAGUAGGCAUGCCGGCCAGGUCGCCCUUGCGGUUGACCUGGGGCACGCACGCUGCGAGCCGCUGUGGCAGGUGGGCGUGCACGGCAGCCCCGCUGCAGCGCCAGAAGUGUGCCUGAGCCUGGCUGCCGCCGCGCUACGCACGCUGGGCAUUCCUUCAGGAGUCUUGCCUGCCCUGGCUGGCGUGGUGGCGGGGCGGUGGGCGAGCCUGAGUGCCGGGAACUCCGUGUCCCUGACCAUCCUCACCGACUGCCGGUCGGGGGGCGUGGCAGUGGUCCUGGAGGGGCUUGGCCAUGGCAGGACCGAGCUGCUGACGGCAGAGGCGCGCAGGGUGCCCAGACAACCAUCCGCGACAUGCUGCCUGGACAGCCCAGCAGAUGUCUUGGAUGGCUUCCCCAUUGUACCCAUCCUCUGCCUGGCACGCCUGGAAGCCCUGUCUCCCGACCCGUUGCUGCUGGCGGCCGCAGAGCUCGUCCUGGAUCUGGGCGCUGCGUCAGGUUCCCAGUCAAUCUCAUGGGGCACCAGCUUCGGUGCUUCAGCGCUGUUCCACUCCGAUGCUGGGCAGGCACGCGGCUUGCAGUGGGUGCCCCUGGGAACGCCCGUCGUCGCCGGCGCUGCCUCGGCUGGGCUGGAAGAGAGGCUGGAGUACGAGGUGGAGGAGCAGGUGCUGGGAACGCUGCCCCGCCUCCAGACGUUCCGCGCUGGCUGGGCCCUGGCGCUGCGGCCUUCGACGGCCGGGGACCGCGCGGGGUGCAUCCGGGCGGUGCAGGUCGUCCAGGGAUUGCUGGCCAGCGAUGCACCUGCCACCCUCCAGAGCUGGGCAGCCAGCGGCAGCAUCCCCGCGCCCGUCCCCGGCGCCGCCGGCACGGCACUCUCCGGCGUCGUGCCGGCGCUGCUGGCCAGCGCAGCGCUGGAGCUCCCCGCCCAGGCCAGGAAGCUGGCGCACGGCGGGAGCGAUCUCGUGAGGAGCGCGGUGGAAGCUGAGGGUGUCCUCGGGUCAGAACGCGCCGGCGGAAUGCCACAUGACCUCCAGCAGGGCGGCCUCGCGAUUGCCAGGAGGAUGAUGUACGGUCGCGAGGCGGGGGCCGGGCGGGCCCCCCAGUGCCUGAACCGCCAUGCCACGGCGCUGGUCACGGGUGGCCUGGGCGGCAUCGGCCACCUCGUUGCCCUGUGGCUGACCGGCGAGGGCGCAGACGCGGUGCUGGUCGGGCGGACGGGUCGGGGCGCGGCCCCCAGCAGCGGCCUGGAAACAGCUGGACUGGACGCAUCCUAUUGUGUCACGGCCGUCGCGGCGGACGUGGCCUGCUCUGCAGAUGCUGCAGGGUUGAGAAUGACCCUCGCGCGUCUGCGCGGCGGCCUCCCCGUCUCAACGGGCGCCCGCGCCUUCCUCAUCCACGCCGCGGGCGUGCAGGUGGCCGCCGGCGUGCCGGCGCUCCGCUCCGCGAGCCUGAGCCCGGUGCUGGCCCCCAAGCUGGCGGGCGGAAGGCUCCUGCUGGGCGCCGCGGCGCACGCUGUGCCCACGCUGGGCGUGUCCCUCUUCUCCUCCCUCUCCUCCCUGGCCGGCUUUGCCGGGCAAGCCAGUUACGCGGUCGCCAACGCGUGCUUGGAUGCUGUGGGUGCUGGCGCUUCGGCUGCCGGCCACCCGGUAGCUGCCGUGCAGUGGGGCGCCUGGGCCACCGUCGGCAUGGUGCACCGCAAGCAUGCGCCGUCCCCGGCCCAGAUCAAGGCCAUGGGCAUGCUCACCAGCGAGGCGGGCCUGACCGUCCUGCGACGGCUGCUGGCGGGAAGCUGGGACCGUGCUGGCGCGGUGUGGGGCGCUGUACCGCGGUUGUACUGGCACCAUGUGCUGCAGUAUAUGGCAGAGGUGCCUUCGCUCCUGGCGGAUGUCAUGGAGGAAGCGGCAGGCAGCGCAGUCAUGGCGCCCUGCCAGGACCACGUCCAGGAGGGUGCAUCGACUGCGCAACAGCACCACCUGAAGGGAGGCGAUGUCGAGCCUGGGCUGCGAGCGCUUGUUGAGAGCGUGCUCGGGGUGGAAAGCUUGGAGCCAGGUGUCCCCCUGGGCCUGCAGGGCCUGGACUCAUUGGCGGCACUGGAGCUGCGCCAGAAGAUCCAGGAUCUGACUGGAGUGGUGGCGCCCAGCCUCGUGCAGGACCCCGCAGGCGCCCUGCUGGCCACCGUGGUGGCAGAGGUCAGGGAGGGCAUGGUCAAGACAGCACGAGCCCAGAACCCCACAGGCCACACCUUCCAGAUCCUGGCCACAACGCCCAUAAGUGCAAGCAGCACCCCUGAAGCGGGGGCUGUCACUAGGGGAGACACCCAUGGACCUGCGCCGCCUCGUCACCCGAUGCAGAAGCCACUCCUGCGCAUGUUCUGCCUGCCCUACGCUGCUGGGGUGUCCGCCAACGUCUUUGCAAGGUACCCGGAGCGGCUGCCCGCCUGGAUCGAGGUCUGGCCGGUGGAGAUCCCGGGCAGGGGUCGUCUCGCCUCCCAGCCGGCGCAUGGCCAGGUCCAGGACCUGGCCGCCUACCUGGCGCACACCCUGCCACUGGACGAGCUGCCCUACGUCCUCUUCGGCACCUGCCUGGGCUCCAUCGUGGCCUAUGAGCUGGCCGCACUGCUGGAAAGGGAGGAGGGCCGGCGGCUACCGCUGGCCCUCAUCGUGGCGGCCGUGGCCCCGCCCCACCUCUAUGCUCGGGCUGUCAUGCGCCUUUACCUCCAGCGGGCCAUGAGUCGGUCCGAGCCACCCCCUGUGGAGGAGGUGCUGGGGAUCUUGAGCGGCUGGAAGGACCUCUCCAAAGACACCCUGCUCAAGGCCUUCGAGGCCGGAAAUUUUGCCGGGGUGGAGGAGAUGCGGAGGAACGACCGCCUGUUCUGGCGCGUCGCCCCCCUAGGCGUCGCUGACAUCAGCAUGGCGGUACGGUACCACCACGACCCUAGCGUGCCGCCCCUGGCCUGCCCCAUCGUGUCCCUGGACGGGCGGCUGGACGGGACCAUUGAACGUGGGGCCAUGCGAGGGUGGGGCCGGCACACCCUCGCCGCCCACACCCACAUCCCCAUCAGGGCGGGCGACCACUACUUUGUGGCCAAGGAGUAUCAGGAGGCCGUAGUAAGCAAGAAACCGGUAGUUGCAGGCAAGCGGGAGCAGAGGGGCUUGGGCCCCAAGGUCCGGCUGGGGAAUGACAAGCUGGAAUUCGUCCCGGCCAGAACACUCGCCAAGGGUGGCAAGCCUACUGCUGCGGCCAAGACCCUUGCCAAGGUGCAGCUCUUCCCAGCAGCCCCCCACGCCAAGAAGAAGGCCGGACCUGCACAGAGAAAGGCCAGCCUGGCUGCCAAGACCGUGGCCCCAGAGGAGAAGCAGCAGGGCACAGAGCGGCGUGCAGCCAACCGCCGAACGGCUGUGGAGUCUGUCGAGAUCGACAAUGUGACCUUUCAUACCGGUGACUCCGUGUAUGUCGUGCUGGACGACUCUGCCAUCCAAGGCCUCAGCGACGACGAGGAGGAGGAGGCCUGCGCUACGUGCGGCGAGGUGGACCGCGCCGGCGUCGACAUGCUGGAGUGCGGGCGCUGCCUCCGCGGUUUCCACCUCUGCUGUCUGGACCCGCCCCUGGACGCCGUGCCAGAGGAUGACUGGGUGUGCCCGGACUGCGAGCAGGGCAGGCCCGUCCCUGCCCAGGGCCCCACCACGGCGCGGUCCAGGGUGCUGACGCGGGCGGGCCUGGCGCUGGCCCGCAUCGAGGCGCUGUGGGCCAUGGGCGGCGGCGCACACGCCGCCACCCUGCGCUGGUACUGCCUGCCGGAGGAGACGCACGCCGGGCGGCAGACGCACCACGCGGCGCGCGAGGUGUUCCUGACCUCCACGCGCGACCUGAAUGAGGUGACCACCCUCCUGCGCCACGCCCACGUCCUGCCAUCGCCGGAGUUCCGACACGCGCCACCGGAGCUUGGGGACGACGUCUUCCUCUGUGACUACGAGUACAACGAAGCCUGGCAGCGCUUCCGGCGCCGGCCGGAGUUUGGGCCCAGCGAGUCGGAGGACGAGGGCGAUGACUGGCGGCCCGAGGCCGAGGCCGAUGAGGCCAACCAGGAAGGCGACGCUGGCCUGCACUGCAAGUCCGUGUACGCCAUGUGGGCCGAGAAGGGCCUGGUGCCGCCCAAGAACCUGCGUGGCUACGGCACGGCCAACCCGCGUCCCUCCAGACAGGGCGGCAAGGAUCUGCUGGGAGUCGUGGGCCGCACGGGCGCCGACGGCGACGACCUGGCCGUCGCGGCCGCCGCCCGAGCCCGCGCCCUGUCGGCGUGCCCGCUGGCGCGUGCCAGGGACGCGCUGGCGCCCAGCGCCGCGCCGCGGCGCCUGCCCUGCCGCGAGGCCGAGCGCGCAGCCGUGGAGAGCUUCGUCGAGUCGGUCCUGGACGCAGACCAGGGCCCCGGCUGCUCCGGUCGCUGCCUCUACAUCUCGGGCAUCCCCGGCACGGGCAAGACGGCCACGGUGCUCGAGGUCAUGCGCUCGGCUCGCCAGCGCGUGGAGUCGGGCGAGGUCCCCGCCUUCCGCUUCGUGGAGAUCAACGGCCUACGCCUCGCCUCGCCCCAGCACGCCUACUGCGCCCUGCACGAGGCGCUGACGGGGGAGCGCCUGGGGCCCAGCUUGGCCGCGGCGGCGCUGGAGCGCAUGUUUUGCGGCGGCGCGGCGGCCACGGGCCGGUCCAAGUCAGCGCCCCCCAAGCGCCCCGUCAUAGUUCUGGUCGACGAGCUGGACCUGCUCGUGAACAGGGCUCAGACGGUGCUGUACAAUUUGUUCGACUGGCCCUCCCGCCCCGGCUCCCGCCUGUCCAUCAUCGGCAUCGCCAACACCAUGGACCUGCCCGAGCGCCUGCACCCCAGGAUCGGGAGCCGGCUGGCGGGGCGGCGCAUCACCUUCCAGCCCUACAACCGCGAGCAGCUGGAGACCAUCCUCCGCGCCAGGCUGGAAGGCAUCGACGCCUUUGACCCCAACGCCCUGGUCUUUGUUUCUCGCAAGGUGGCCAACUGCUCUGGCGACAUCCGCCUGGCACUGGAGAUCUGCAGGAGAGCGGCGGAGAUCACGGAGCUGGACUCCCUGGAGGGCAAGGAGAACAGCCAGGCCGACGCCAACGCCGAGUCCUCUCGCCUCCUCCUGGCGGCGGUGCACCUGGAGACGCGGUUCGGGGGCCGGGCGGAGGUGGGCGUGGGCGCGGUGCUGGCGCGCCUGCGCUCCAUGCUCUCCGCCGCGGGGCAGGAGCCGGUGGCGACCGGCGCGGCGCUGGAGGCGGGCCAGGCGCUGGCGGCGGCGCGCCUCCUGCUCUGCGACGCGCCGGCGCGCCGCCUGAAGGCCAGGGUGGUGCUCAACAUGCCCGCCCCGGAGCUGCUCUACGUGCUGACCGCGGACGAGGAGAUGCCCUGGCUGGCGGCACUGCUGGGGGCCGGCGGCGCGUGA